AAUCUGUAAUCCAUGGACAAAAAUAUUAUAAUAAAAUUAAUAUUAUAUAAAUAUAAAUAUUCAUGAUAAAAGAUGAUAAAAGACGGACACACAAUAUUGGUUGUUAAUACACUCAUUGUCAGUUUAUUAUAAAACAAAAAAGGUUAUGUUCAUCUUUUACCUACAAUCUUAUCGUGCUCAUAUUAUUACAAAUACAUUGCAUCAUAAUGUUACUGUAAUGUUACAUUGCAAUAUUUCUUAGGGCGGACACUUUACUGUUGCCGCAAGCUUGCAAUAACGUUGCCGGAACAUUUCGCAACUUCCACGCAAUAUUGCAAUGUUUCAAUGUAAGGUCUAUGCAAUGUUUAUGCAAUCUUUCGAUGCUGUAUGGGUAGUAGUCUUUGACAUAUUAAUCUUGAUAUACAAUACACUAGUAUACACAAUAUAAAGAUAAUAUUGUAUCUCGUCAAAUAAUGGGUACGGACUGACAAUUGAUACAUCAUAUAUGUGUUGCUUAGCGUACAUUUGUGCGACAACAUGUAUAUCUGUACAAACUUUAAAUUCAUUUGUCGUAGUUAUACAACUAUGAUGAAACACGAAAGGAAAACGAAAAUGGGUGAAAGUUUCAAAGUUUCCUUUUAGUUUGAAGAACUUCCUUGCUCGUAACUGACAGUUUCAAUAAAGCAGCGGAUCAAUAACAGCGCUACAGGGUCGGUUUACAAAAGUUCAAAUUUAUAUGCGUAUGGAGAAAGAAUAAAUAAAUUUACUUUAAUUUUCUCUCAAAGGUUUAUUCAACACAAGGAACGACUAAAUAUCAAAGAUUAUUGAACGAUCUAGUAAAAUAAUAAAUGUUUUGUAGAUCUUUAUACUUUUCUUUUCUACAUAAAUUUUUUAAAAUAUUACGCAAUUUUAUAAUUAUAUGUGUACAUGCGUCUUUAUUUAAUUAUAUCUUCUUAUAGCAAUUAGUCUUAUAACGUUAACAGUUAUGAUAUACGAAACAUUUCAUUUCAGUAUUGCAAGAUAAAUACACUUGUGCAACAGUGAAAGAUUCUUAGGAGUGCUAUGCGACCCUACAUGUACAGGUCUCUUUCUAUGCGGCAUCUUCGCUUACGAUCGAUCAAUUUUUCAAUUGCAGGGUGAACAUCACCCGCAUGUAAUGUUCUCAACUAAGUGUUGCAUUAUUAAUGUACGAUGAUGCACCCUUAAAUAGAGGCAUUAUUCUAGCAAUUUGCGAUCUCUUGUGACAUGCGAUAAUGUACCAUGAUAUAAAGUGAUGUAAAGAAAGGAAAAUCAGUACCUUCAUAGACACUAGUAUGGAAGUUACGAAGCAUUUAACAUAUAGAGGUGUUCAUUCUUUCUUUAUUAAAACACAUAUAAAUUUAUAGCUCUCUUCUGCCUUCUUUCUACUCUAUUUAAUUCUCUGUGAUUAUAUACAUUUAAUUACACUUAAUUACACUUAAUAAAGUUCAGCAAAUAUUAACAAAAAUUAAAAAUACGAUAUUUUUAUUAUUUUAAUGAAAGAAAUGUUCAAGCCAUAUUAAAGAGUUACAUGUUGUGGAUAAAAUAACUUGACUUUAAUCAAUGUUUUUAAUAUAUAAGAAUAUUUAUAUAAAAGCAGACUACGAAUGGGCCAUUGAAUUUAAUCGGUUCAAUUUAACAUUGCUCGGCAUAUGGCCAGAAAACAAUGAAGAUAAGCAGAAAAAAUUAAAGUCAGACAUACGCGUGGUCCUUAUAUUAAACAUAAUAAUGUGGACCAGCAUUAUUCCAACACUACAUUCGUUGCUGAAGAUUUAUGACGACAUAAUGUUAACAAUCGAUAAUUUGCAAUACACUUUGUCAAUGUUAAUGGCGUUAAUAAAACUGAUCAUCCUUUGGCACAAAAAAUAUGACAUUCUACCUGUAUUAAAUAUGAUCAAAGACGAUUGGCUAAGACCACAAACAUCUAAAGAGAAGAACAUCAUGAUAAAGCAAGCGCGAAUCGCACGUACUCUCACGAUAUUCAGUUUCUUCGUAACGCUAAUGUCUGGCAUCAUUGUUUCAUUUCUCCCCCUCUUUGGCAUUUCACUAAGAUACAGGACAAACAGAACUGAUCCAGGCAGAUUAUUGCCACUGCAAACGUAUUAUUUAUACAAUGUAAGUAGCAGUCCACUUUACGAAGUAACUUUUCUUCUACAAGGCUUUAGCGUGAUGGCAUCCGCCACGAUAUACAGCGGCACAGAUACCUUUAUGAGUAUGCUAGUUUUCCACAUAUGCGGCCAAUUGGAGAAUCUCAAAACACGUAUACGCAAUUUUGAUAAAUUCAACAAUUUUGCGAACACCUUGGCAACCAGUGUGAAGGAUCACAUACGUCUUAACAGGGCCAUUAUAAUCAUUGACGAUACUUUUAAUUUGAUGUUAUUUGGAUUGCUAGUUUACUUUGGCAUACUUUUUGCUCUAUUUGGAUUUUUAUUUAUUUCUAUAAUAACGCAAGGUCGCAACCUUUCUAUAGCACGACUGUUUUUGACUCUGAUAGCUUUUACCAACUCAUUCGGGCAUAUGUGUCUAUAUUGUGCAUUAGGAGAAUAUUUAGUUAUGCGGUGUGAUGGAAUUUAUGAUGCUGUUUGCCAAUACGAAUGGUACAGAUUAAAGCCGAAACAGAUGAAAAAUUUUCUAAAUAUAAUGAUGCAAAGUAGAAGACCAUUGCAUCUUACUGCAGGAAAACUCUUUCCUAUGACGGUAGCUACGUUAUCUAAUUUAUUAAAAACUUCGGGCGGUUAUAUAUCUGUUCUAUUGGCACAUCGUACUUGAACUAGAAAAGAAGUGGAAAUUAAAAUAUACAAUGCAUCCCUAUCAUA